UCAUGUCACAGCUAUUUAUGUAUAUCAGAGAAAUAAAUGUACGACGCCACUUUCAAAAAAAGUUGGGAAAAUAAUACUGCACUCUAAGGAGAGCUGUCAGCUAUAAAAAAAAAAAAGCACUUCAAAAUGGAACGUUUUGAGUCACUAAUUCCGCUAAGGAUUUUGCAACGGUGUAUGCAUUUACAUGCUUUAGUAUAAAUGUAAAACUCUACCUUUUCUUGUCAUGAUGUCGCUAAAUGUAAAAAAAAUCCCACUGAUGAUGAACGUAGCAUUUUGCACUCCCUUGAAACUGCGCAUGCGCACAGCACGUUGUAAACAAUGAGCCCAGACUAUCAGACCUCCUCAGCUUUGUGUGUAUCCAACAAUUUACCUGUGUAACACUAACGACGACUUCCCAGAGCUUAUCGUCACGUACAAAACAUGUUACUCUGGAGCUGAAGAAUGGAGGCAGUUUUGACCAGGCUGAAGGGGCUGACUGCUGAUGAACUGCGUGAGGAAUUUGCUCGAGCAGACCUGAAGUGUGGCCCCAUUACAGCCACCACUCGCGCUAUCUUUGAGAGGAAGUUGGCCCGAGUGCUCGCCGCUCCAGAAAGCAGUGCCGCCGAAUCGGACAACGGGUCGUCUGCAAGGGGCACAGACGGCGUGGCUUCAGUUGCAGACCAUGCCAAACCUUUACCGUAUGCCACCUCAGCUGUUGCAACAAGCAGCAGCCCAAAUGAGGAGCUGGACUUCGGCUACGGUGUGGGCCUCAACCCGCCAGAGGAAGACGAGAUCUCGGCAAAGACUUCCAACAGUUGUCAAUCCACAGUGGAAACUCCUUCAAAAGCCACACAAGUACCAGCUUUUUAUUAUGGAGUUUGUCCACUGUUAGAGGAUAUUUUGUCUCGGAAUGAGAGAGCACACGUGUAUACCGAUAAGAAAGAUGCCCUUCAAGCUGUGAAGGUGAUGAAGGGUGCACGCUUCAAAGCUUUUUCCAACCGUGAGGAUGCUGAGACGUUUGCCAAGGGGAUGUGUGACUAUUUCCCCUCUCCCAGCAAAUCUGCAACCUGCGUGUCUCCUGUCAAACCAGGCCAGGCACUCAAUAAAGACAACAUGGAGGUAGAUACCAUUAACCGGGAGCGGGCCAACAGUUUUAAGAGCCCACGCACCCAGGACCUGACAACCAAGCUGAGGAAACCUGUGGAGAAAGGAGAUGAGGCAACCUUCAGUGAGCUGGUCUGGAGCAACCCACGCUAUCUCAUUGGUUCAGGGGACAACCCCACGAUUGUGCAGGAGGGCUGCCGGUAUAACGUAAUGCAUGUGGCGGCCAAGGAGAACCAGGCGGGCAUCACCCAGCUUCUGAUAGACACCUUGGAGAACCCAGAGUUCAUGCGCCUCAUGUACCCAGAUGAUCAAGAAGCCAUGCUGCAGAAACGCAUCCGUUAUAUUGUAGAUCUUUACCUCAACACUCCAGAUAAGGCCGGUUUUGAGACACCGCUCCACUUUGCCUGCAAGUUUGGGUGUCCAGAGGUGGUCAAUGUGCUGUGUUCGCAUCCAGACACUGAUAAGAACUGCAAGAACAAGGAUGACUUGAAGCCUUGUGAUAUCAUUUGUAGCAGAAGGAACAAAACCCCAGAGGUGAGGCAGAAAAUAAGUGAUUAUUUAGAAGACCGCUGCUACAUCCCCUUGCUGAGAGCAGCAGACAACACCUCUCAUCCCAUCAUUGGUUCCUUAUGGUCACCUGAAUCCUCAGAAAGCCUCUCACUGAUCCAACGACACACAAGAAGCCCCAUGGAUCCACUGAUGACUGUCACAGCCUUUGCUGGCCCACUAAGUCCUUCUAAAGCAAAUGACUUUCGCCGCUCCUGGAAAACCCCGCCUAGAAAUCGAGCAGAGCAUUUCCAUAACAUCCUCAAGUCCGAUCCUGACCGUGGAGCAGAGAGAGUUGGCAGAGAUCUGGCCCAUGAGAUGGGUCACCCCUGGGCUGAGUAUUGGGACUUCCUUGACAGUUUUGUUGAUCUAUCAUCAACUGAGGGACUUCACAAGCUGGAAGAAUACCUUAGCAAGAGGGAUUUCUGUCCACGGACUCGCGAAGAAGGGGAGAAUGAGACCAGUAACCGAUUUAAAACACCCUCUCCAGGCAAGCCCAAGAAGUUCUGCAACUCCAUCUCUGUUGGUGCCUUCCUGGAUGAAGGUGAGGACAUCAGCCUGGAGGAGAUCAAGAACAGACAGAACGCAGCGCUCACCAGCAUCACCUCCUCUGCCGCAUCCAUGGACAGCCUGAAGGGAGCAGUGGGAGGCCACGACUUCCACAUCAUGCCCAUGGGACCACAGUAUUGGGGGGCUGACCUGAUCGAGACUGCUGCUGAGCAGGACCUCCUGUGUUGCUGCAACGGCGGCCUCUUGUCGCCCGGCGUGGUCUGCAAAAACGGGUCGUGCACCUCCUCAAGAGAUAGGACUCCCAAUGGAGAAAAGGUAUCUCCUCGGAGCUCCCCGUCCUCCUCCAGCCUGCUGUCACCUGUCUCCAAUCUCAUGGUGGAGUUUGAGCGCAUGUCCCUGCAAGAACCCCCGAACAGCACUGACGGUUGCAGGGAAAGGAGGAGCAGCGGCGGGAGCCGGCACAGAGAACCGCUCGAAUCCUUCAGCAUCGCCUUAAGCACAGACAUGAAGAGGCUUUCUCAGAACAAUGAAGUCCUGAAGGGAGGAGGCACAGAGGAGCGGUGCAGCAGCAGCUCUGAGGAGUUCUUUGAGGCAGAGGACGGUAGCCUGGAAAUGAUAAGCAGGACAAGGGGGGCCACUUCAGGGGUACGCAACAUCUGUGCAAGAUCGAAAUCGUGGGACCACGGUGGGAGGGACCUGAGCAGCUCGGGGUCAUCAGCGUCCUCUUAUAAAUCCUUGGACAACUCCCAUGAGUUCCUACCAAGGACCCCGGCUCACAUCAGAAAAGGACUGUUUAUCAGUGGGGAUUCUCCUACCAAGUGGGACAGAGAGGUGUUGUCAGCAAUGAAAAGUGUGGAGGUGGAUCCUCAAAACUAUCCCAGCAUUCACAAAUGGAUGAGCACAAUGAAGUCCUACUCUGCCUCAGACAUGCAAAGUUGGCCGAGCCCUGCAGUGGUCAAACCGCGACUCAGGAUGCAGCAUCAGACUCCCGGCUCCCCAGCGACAAGCGGCCUCACGUCUCCCUCCGGUCGCUUCAGUCCCGCCCGCCACACCGCCUCGCCGGACUUCAGCCCGAGCCGCUUCAGCCCGGCCAACGUGAGCUACAUCCAACGCAUCCGCCUCAAGCACUUGAACGAGCCGUCGCUCUGAAGCGCCGAUUCUUCCCGCACAUCGGACCACCGGGGUCCUCCUUAGCGUCCACUACCAAACAAUUUACAAACCGGAAUAGUACGGAAGGUUUACGGCACAUGCAAGAUUUUUAAAAAAUUUGGAUGGAGAAAAAAAAGAGUAUGUAUAUGUGUGUACUUUAUGGGUGCAUUGAAGGUAGUGUUAUUUGUGACAAGUGUGUGUCAUAAGUCAACAUUUUUGGAUGUUGUGAAUACAAGCCGCACUUACAGAAAUGUUUCAGUGUGGGGUCAACAUAUUCUUAAAAGGAAUAUUUUACAAGGUUUCUUUUGUAUGUUGGUCAGUAGCACAAAUGUUUUUGUUUUUUUUUCUAAAUGAAAGGUGUUGAAUCAACUGCCAUUUCCUGCGGUUUUCUCAGUUCAAAACUUGCCUUAAUUUUCUGAAGUGAUGGACUAGUCCUGUCAGUUUGGACACACACACACACACACAAGACACUCUAGCUCACAUCCGGAUAACUUACUGGCUGCAAGGUUAUAUCGCAAAUGCGGGGAAACUGAGAUCUUCCAUGCUUAUUUUAUUCUUUAAUAAACUGAUGUUUCUGUGUUUUCUCAGUGGGUUCAGGAUGUCUUGACUUUUCCUUUCUGGAGCCUUGGUGCAAUCUUUAUGGACUUUUCAACACAACAGACAGACAGGAGUCCCGUGUUGUUUUGCAACUGUGAUGUUUCUUUUAACCAUCAAAUGUAGAGUAAAUGAAGCCAGUAACUUUUCAUUGUACUUAAAAUUUUAAUAAGGAAUCUUUGUGUAAAAAAACAAACCCAAACUGAUUAACCUGGGGAUGAAUUCUCUGCUGUAAGAGGAUUAACAUUUGGAUAACAUUUGUUCUGAAUGUAACUUUUUGGCGAAGUCGACCUUUCUCAGAGUACAAACACCUUUGCUGAGAUUGUGCUGUCACGUGUGUGUGCUCUCAGGUGACAAGAGAAACAAUUAUGUUUCUGAAUGUGCAAAGCUUUGCAAAAAUGCACCUAAAAACUUAAAACCAUGCUUCUUGUGCUUUUUUUUGUUGUUGUUGCAUAAAGUAACUUUUGAUGGUGGAUUCUCUUCCUGUAUGUCAAGAACUUGUUUGCUUUCAAGUAGUCAAUAAAACUU